AAACGCAGGCUUUUGCGACACUAACGUAAUUCCGCUGGCGGCUCUUCUCUGUCUUCUCAAUGUCAACAGUUUGUCAAAAGUGUGGUGACCGUGGCUUUAUUGAUGCUCUGACUUACUGCAUUGUAUGCCGGGUUUGUGCUGAACAUCGUUACUGCUUUGAUAUAUUACCAAAGGUACUGAAUAAAGAUGUCAUCUGGGUGUGCGAAGAUUGUAGUUCCAGUGUUUGUGAAAGUUCUAGUCCUAUCAGUUCUAGCCAUACCCCAGAAGUGAAUGAUGAAAAACUAUGCAUCAAGACUCAAACUGUUCAAUCUAAGCCUAAAAGAUUACUCAAAAGGACUCAAUCUUUGCAAGCUGAAAAUGUGUGCAGAACAUUUGAGCUUCUGAAAUCUGUUCCUCAGGAUGAUGAGAAAGGUUUGCCACUCAAGGAACCUCAGCCUAACUCUCAAGUCCAUGCACAACCAAUUCUUGAUCCUAUUUGGAGGGGAAGUAUGAUUAUCCAAAACAGAAAUUGGACUUUGAAUGGACUAACGGCUCAUUUGUCAAACCUAGCGUGCUCAAAAGUUAGCGAUGUGACAAGCUCAUUGCCUAACUUGCUUACCUUGGAAAUACUUCCUAGGCUUGUUGUAUGGCCUAAAAGGUUUGGCAGUAUGGCAUCACAAGAUGGUGAUAUUGCCCUUUACUUCUUUCCAGAAAAUGAGAGUGAUGAAAAAGCUUUUGAUAACCUGGUAGAUGACAUGAUGUUGAAAGACCUUGCAGUGAAAACUUCAAUUGGCAAUGCUGAUCUCUUGAUCUUCACUUCUCUUCAGCUACCUUUGCAACACUGGAGAUUUCAAAGAAAGUAUUAUUUGUGGGGUUUGUUUAGCAGAGAGAAGUUCUCCAAGUCAACCUUAAAAGGAUCUCCCUGCUCAAGAUAGAGUAUUUCACUUUCAAACUCCAUAGAAAGGAUAUAUGCCUCAUUAAAAUGCCAUUUUCUUGAAGUCUUUAAAGCCUCCCACAGUGAAUGCAGGAGUCAAAACCUUUACAUGCUAGUUAUAAUACAAAAUCUAUAACAAUGGAGAUUCAUAGUUUGAUUCAGUUUGAACUAUUUUAGCCCUUAUGUUAUAUAAGAAGCAUGACACAGUAGCAAAUACUGCAUGCAUAUGAUGGACUGACUCAUCAAGUCAUGUAUGGUACUUGUUAAUGCAAUGACAUCUAUUACAAAUGAGAUUGCCUGAUGUCUGGUGGAGAAGAGAAUGCUGGUGGUGGAAUUCUGAAACAUUU